AUGGCAUGGUUUGGAGAUAGAAGCCUCAGCAAAAGUCAUUAUGGUCAGGAGAGACGUCUAGAGGAUAAUCAGAAUAGUCUGCCUGUUUACGUUACAGUGAUCGUAUUGUCGUUGUUACCGUUGUUGCUGCUGGCUGCUUGCUUGUUUGUCUGCCUCUAUCAGAUCUUUGGAGAGCGAUUGGUCGAUGGGUUCCUCUCAAAGUUGACAAAGCAAUCGUCGUCAUUUUUUUGCAGCAUUAACAUCUCGCUGCCACAGUGUAUUACAGUUUUUAUAGGCCGUUUGUCUGAGACAUCUAGAUAUAUAGUCGCCAAUCAGAAUAACCGUUUAAAAAAGAAUACACCUCAGAAUAUUGCAGUUUCAGUUUUCGAUAACUCUUUGCAUCUCUUCUACCGCUUUUCUUAUAACACAUGUUCAACUUCAACUAAUCUACCGCGACCUCUAAAAAGAUAUAAAGCUGAACGAUGUAUAGUAUCAGACGCAGAAACAUCUACUGUUGAGGAUAGUCAUCCGAACGUAACAAAUCAAGAAGAGGGCCCUCACUCUUCCAGUACACCAAUUUAUCCGAAAAAAAUCAAAGCAGGUGAGCAUGGUCCUGAGGAGAGAGUUGAGCAAUUUACAAUCAAAACAUCUUUGCACAAUACAUACCGAAACAACACAAUGGCUCAAGAAUUUUUAAAAGCUGCCAAAUAUACCACCAAGGUUUUGUUUGUUGGCUCCAUGUUUGCAAACUUUGUCUUUAUCAAACUACUCAAUUCCAAUCAAGAAAUUCCGGCUAUUGGACAAAGCUUGUUUAUCAAUAUGUUUACUAUCAUAUCUGGAAAUGGCAAAAAUACUUCGCCGAGUUUUCAAAAGACCGUCCAGAUCGAUCCUCAAGCACCUUUUAGAGUAUUGAGCCAGUGCGAUAAACCCAAUUAUCGCAAGGGAUUGAAAACAGAAUCUGAUUUAAUUGACUUUUAUUACAAGUAUUUUAACUUUUCAAAAAUUGUAUUCCGUACUCGAGAAAGUCUUACGAACGAAAAGAAAAAAUUCAAGCAAGUACAAAAUAAACAUGAUACCGCAGUGUCUAACCUAGGUCCAUAA